UUUGUAAUCAUCCACAUCUUGAACAAACUACUCCUCCUACGCCACCACAAAGCCAUCCUACCUAACUAAUCGCUCGUCAAGCCUUACACAUCUUUCGAACCAUUUCUGGAUUAUUUUCCGAGUUCAUGAAGGAAGCGUCAUCCUUAGGUCGAUCACCAGACGGACGUCUGGUAACAACCUGAUAACUCUUGGGCGCACAUCAGUCGCGGAAGCAUGGAUGAUCCGGCAUCAGCUCUGGAACAGUUUCGGAAACAAUGGAAGGAAGAAGUCAAUGCUCGCACCAAGAAACCUCAAGGGCGCCCGUCACUGCCGCAACCGGAGAGACCCAGAAGGACAAGUGACGCCAGGUUAGAGAGGCCAACCAACAAACCGCCCACCCGCCACCCGAUUGCCGAUAUCAAGGACGAGUCAGAUCACUACAGCGAUGCCGAGCAAACUGGCGAAAGCAGCGCGAAAUUGACUCAACGUGUUGAGAGUCUCAGCAUUCAGAAUAUCGAUGAUGAUGAGUUUACCCCCAGGCCAUCCGUUCAGGAGCCACAGAGCGCUCUAGAGCAUUUUGAACAUGCCAUGGAAAGAGAAAGGCAGGGUAAUCUGGGCGACAGUCUUUCUCACUAUCGCAAAGCCUACAGGCUUGAUGCAAAAGUCGAUCAGACCUACAGACAGAAGCAUUUUCCGAACAAGUCGAAACCCACAAAUCCGAACCCGUCAAAUGCUCCCGCCACCGUUCCUUCGACUGCUCACCACUCAUCGAAAGAACCCCAGCAAGAGUUACCAAUAGCCGAGCUGAUUGACAGCUUUGCUCAUUGCCAAAUUAACGGUGCUCUCCCAAUUAUUGCGGGUGACCGUCCCCCACCGUGCGGUAUUCAAAAACUACCCACGGAAGUGCUCCUAGAAUUGCUUCGACUUGUGGCUGUUCGCGAUCCCGCUGUUUUUGCCCGGUUGGCGCUUGUCUGUAAGAAGCUUGCCUAUCAUGUCUGGAUCGACAACGGCAUCUGGAAACGUAUCGCGCUAGGUCCCGAAUUUGGCUUGGCCGGUCAACAGUACAAUUUUGCGACAGACCUCCAAGGCCGCGAGCUCGUCUUCCGCGAGGUGGGAGACGAAUCUGCAGAUGAAGAUCUUCCUCCUGUAACGGAGGCUUCCUUCCCUGAGCAGAGCACUUGGCGUGAUGUCUUCCACACUCAUCCUCGCAUCCGGUUUACGGGCGUUUAUAUUUCGACGGUCAACUAUACUCGGCCUGGAGGUGCAUCUGCCACGGCAUACACCUGGAGUUCUCCGAUUCAUGUUGUGACUUACUAUCGAUACUUGCGCUUUUUCCGUGACGGUACUUGCCUAUCUCUUCUUACAGUUGAAGAGCCGGUCGACGUCGUCCAUCAUCUGACACUGGAGAAUCUGGCCUAUGUCCGCAACGGCAAGAAAGAGCCUUCAAGCCAAUUGAAAGUAACACCUGUGCCUGGGAAACAAGGGGGCAUUUCCUCAUCUUCAGCAGCUGCAGCAACCACCACCGUUGCACCUCCUCCAGCUGCCCAACAUAUCAUGAAGCAUGUUCUUCGAGGCCGGUGGCGUCUUUGUCAUCCCAGCCUCGAGACUUUGGCCGCUGGUGUGACACAAGAUGGCGUCGGGCCCUCUAAUCUCUCACCAACGAUGACACCUGGUGACUUGCACAUCGAGACGGAGGGCGCUGGUCCGCGGUACAGGUACACAAUGCAUUUGUCCUUGAAAUCAGCCGGGCGCUCGAAGCACACCACCAAGAACAACAAACUUACUUGGAAGGGCUUUUGGAGCUAUAACCUGCUUACUGACGACUGGGCUGAGUUUAAUCUUAGGCACGAUAAGCCAUUCUAUUUUUCCCGAGUCAAGGGGUAUGGCUUGGGUUAUUGAGCUGUAGUCACCCAGAUGUUUUUCUUCGAGCAAAACCGACCGAAGCUGAGGUCUGCAGAUGCAAGCCUACUUGGUUAUUGCUGAACGGAUAGAGGAUUGGAUAGAUGAGAUCAGCAGGGCAAUCGACGUUCUUGUGGCUAUAUAUUUUGCCGGAGCCGAGCAUCAAGUGCUGAAUCGCGAGACGACAGGACACCAGGGCUCGAUAUAUGGAGCCGGUCUUUUCCUUACGAGGACCGCGAGAUAGGUUCUUGGACGAUGAAUAAGAUUCUGCGACUGAACCUGAUCCGCCUUAUAUGGCGUGGUAUGGUUCUCGCGCUAUAUUCCGGACGUCAAUUCAACUUCC